GGAUGGCGAGCGGGGCGGGCGGCCGGCCGGGGCCCGCGGAGCCGCGCGAGGGCGGCGGGGCGGCUGGGUCGGGUCCCGAGCCGGGUGUGCGAGGCCCCCGCCGCCGGGGCUGCGGCGUGGUGGGGCCCCUCCCGAGCAGCAUGAUGGCAGACACUGCAUCUCCGCUGAAGCACUUUGUGUUGGCUAAGAAGGCCAUCACCACCAUCUUUGAGCAGUUGCUGGAGUUCGUGACCGAAGGCUCACGUUUUGUUGAAGCAACAUUUAAGAAUCCAGAACUUGAUCGAAUAGCCACUGAGGAUGAUUUGCUUGAAAUACAAGGGUAUAAGCACAAGAUUUCCGUCAUUGGCGAGGUGCUGUCUCGGAGACACAUGAAAGUGGCAUUUUUUGGCAGGACAAGCAGUGGAAAAAGUUCUGUUAUCAAUGCAAUGUUGUGGGAUAAAGUUCUCCCUAGUGGGAUUGGCCAUACAACCAACUGCUUCCUGAGUGUGGAAGGCACUGAUGGAGAUAAAGCCUACUUAAUGACAGAAGGGUCGGAUGAAAAAAGGAGUGUGAAGACAGUUAACCAGCUGGCCCAUGCCCUUCAUAUGGACAAGGAUUUGAAAGCUGGCUGUCUUGUACAUGUGUUUUGGCCAAAGGCAAAAUGUGCCCUCUUGAGAGAUGACCUCGUCUUAGUGGACAGCCCAGGAACAGAUGUCACCACAGAGCUGGAUAGCUGGAUUGACAAAUUUUGCUUAGAUGCUGAUGUCUUCGUUUUGGUUGCAAACUCUGAAUCAACACUAAUGAACACGGAAAAACACUUUUUUCACAAGGUGAAUGAGCGGCUUUCCAAGCCUAAUAUUUUCAUCCUCAAUAAUCGUUGGGAUGCCUCUGCAUCAGAGCCAGAAUACAUGGAAGACGUACGUAGGCAGCACAUGGAAAGAUGCCUGCAUUUCUUGGUGGAUGAGCUCAAAGUUGUGGGUCCAUUGGAAGCACAGAAUCGUAUCUUUUUUGUUUCAGCAAAAGAAGUUCUUAGUGCAAGAAAGCAUAAAACACAGGGAAUGCCAGAAGGCGGUGGGGCACUUGCUGAAGGAUUUCAGGCAAGGCUACAGGAGUUUCAGAAUUUUGAACAAAUCUUUGAGGAGUGUAUCUCGCAGUCAGCAGUGAAAACAAAGUUUGAGCAGCACACUAUCAGAGCUAAACAGAUACUAGAUACUGUGAAAAACAUAAUGGAUUCAAUAAACGUGGGAGCAGCAGAGAGAAGAGUUUAUUCCCUGGAAGAGAGGGAAGAUCAGAUUGAUAGACUGGACUUCAUACGGAACCAGAUGAACCUUUUGACAUUGGAUGUUAAGAAAAAAAUUAAGGAGGUUACUGAAGAGGUGGCAAAUAAAGUUUCCUGUGCAAUGACAGAUGAAAUUUGUCGGCUGUCUGUCUUGGUUGAUGAAUUUUGUUCUGAGUUUCAUCCUACUCCAAGUGUGUUGAAAGUGUAUAAAAGUGAGUUGAAUAAGCACAUAGAGGAUGGUAUGGGAAGAAAUUUGGCUGACCGGUGCACCAGUGAAGUUAAUGCCUCAAUGCUGCAAUCCCAGCAGGAAAUUAUUGAAAAUUUAAAGCCUUUGCUUCCAGCUGGUAUACAGAAUAAUCUACAUACACUGGUCCCAUGUAAGAAAUUUGAUCUCAGCUAUGACCUGAAUUGCCACAAAUUAUGUUCCGAUUUUCAAGAGGAUAUUGUAUUCCAUUUUUCUCUGGGCUGGUCUUCCCUUGUACAUCGAUUCCUUGGCCAUACAAAUGCACAGAGGGUGCUCCUGGGAUUAUCAGAGCCUAUCUUUCAGCUCCCUAGGUCUUUGGCUUCUACUCCCACUGCUCCCGCCAAUCCAGCAGUGCCAGAUAAUGCGUCGCAGGAAGAGCUCAUGGUGACCUUAAUAACAGCAUUAGCUUCUCUCACGUCCAGAACGUCCAUGGGCAUCAUUGUCAUCGGAGGAGUGAUUUGGAAAGCUGUAGGCUGGAAGCUCAUCUCUGUUUCCUUAAGUAUGUAUGGAGCUCUGUAUCUUUAUGAGAGGCUGGCCUGGACCACCCGCGCCAAGGAGAGGGCCUUCAAACAGCAGUUUGUGAACUAUGCAACUGAAAAACUGCAGAUGAUCGUCAGCUUCACGAGUGCCAACUGCAGCCAUCAAGUACAGCAGGAAAUGGCUACCACUUUUGCUCGCCUGUGCCAACAAGUUGAUAUUACUCAAAGACAUCUGGAAGAAGAAAUUGCUAGAUUAUCCAAAGAAGUAGAUCAGCUGGAGAAAAUCCAAAACAAUUCAAAGCUUUUAAGAAAUAAAGCUGUUCAACUUGAAAAUGAACUUGAGAAUUUUACUAAGAAGUUUCUACAUUCAAGUAAUGAAGAAGAAUCUUAAUAGAUUGCUUUGGUGUGACCAUCACAGCAAAUGGAACUUGGAAGAGGGGGAGUUAUUUUUAUGAAAUAAUUUAAAACAUGAAUUACACUAAUUGUAUCUAAAUAGCAAAUGCCUACAUAGACUCUAGAAAUGAUCUUAGGGUAUUUGCAUUUCUGAAGAGUGUUUGGGCGUCUUUAGUUUUGAUUUGGGUAAGGAAAGGCUAAGUCAUUUGUGUUAAAAUAAUAAAUUAGUUAAAAUUAACAGACCAUCUGUGUGACCCCUGAGGGGUGGGGCCUUGAGCUCUUAACAGGGCUUUCUUUGUUUUUGACUCUGAAUAACUCUGCUUCCUGGCAUCCAGGAGUUAGAGUGAGCCUUUCAUCUUUCUCAAAACUGGUUUUUGAUGCUGUUUUGUACACUGCAUUGCUCAGACUGUGAAGGAGUGUGAGAUGGUGUUGACUACAUCAGUUUUGCAGGUUACAAGCACUUCUGUUGUGGCAGGUAUGUAGACCACUAAGAAAUACCAUUUUUACUCCUUGUUUAUUCCCAUUAAAAAUGAUAUAAAACAGUAUAAGGGUUUGUUGUUAUAACUGGUAAUUUAUAAAAGUAUUUUAAUAU